AUGCCUAUGAUCUUCGAUGAAAAUGAGUCGGCGUUGGAGUCGAUUGUCAUUGUCGGCAUGGCUUGCCGCCUGCCAGGCUCUGUGGACUCAUCGGCUAAAUUCUGGGAAAUGCUUCGCGAUAAGCGAUCCGACCCCGUCGAUUUCGAUCCAUCGUUCUUCAACAUGACACCAAUUGAAGCCCAGUGGCUAGAUCCCCAACAGCGCAAAGUGCUCGAAGUGUGUUACGAAGUUCUUGAAAAUGCCGGCGUGCCGCUUGACAAGGCAGCUGGUUCGAACACUGGUGUAUAUGUCGCCACCUUCACCAGCGACUACCAGCAAAUGUCCAUUUUUGAAAGAGACUUCAGACACAAUUACGCCGCGACAGGGGUUGACCCUGGUAUUAUCAGCAAUCGUGUUAACAAUGUCUUCAACUUGGCAGGUCCAAGUUGCGUUAUCAACACAGCAUGUUCGUCAUCUGUUUAUGCUAUUCAUAACGCCUGCCAGGCGCUCCGUGCUCGCGAUUGCGACGCUGCCAUUGCCGCGGGAAGCAACAUUAUUAUGAUAGUCCCCAUCAAGGAUCAACAUAUGAAUACGGCGAAGCUCGGUGUUCUUUCACCAACCUCCGAGUGCCACACAUUUGAUGAGCGAGCCGACGGUUACGGUCGCGCUGAAGGAGUCGGUGCUCUGUAUCUGAAGCGCCUUUCGGAUGCCAUCCGUGAUAAGGACGUCAUUCGAGGAGUCAUCCGAUCGUCGGCAGUGAAUACUAACGGCAAAGUGGAAGGCAUGGGCAUUACCUACCCCAACGCUUUUGGUCAGGAAAAGGUACUACGCCACGCUUAUAAGCGCGCCAACUUGAAUCCUAACAAGACAGCAUAUUUGGAAUGCCACGGAACUGGCACACCAACCGGAGAUCCCAUUGAAGUCCGAGCUGUAUCACUGGGAAUGAACGAUACAAGAAGCCUGGAGAAGCCACUGCUGCUUGGUGCUGCGAAAGCUAGCAUUGGACAUAGCGAAGCGGCUUCCGGAAUCUUCGCGGCCAUGAAAGCUGCGUUGAUGACUGAGAAGGCUCAGAUUCCUGGUGUCUACGGUUUUCGGAACCUGAAUCCAAACAUCAAAGCCAAAGAUUGGAACGUCAAAGUCGUAAGAGAUCUCAUGUCUUGGCCAUCUGAGUUUGAGGUUCGUCGGGCAAGCGUCUCCUCAUUUGGAUAUGGUGGCACAAACGCACAUCUCGUCAUUGAAUCCAUUGACAGUAUCUGUCCAUGGUACGAACACGGCAAGCCAAAAUCAGAAGCUACAUAUGACUAUCCCGGUGCAGAUCGCCCGUUUUUGAUCACCAUGAGCGCACACGACGAGACCACGUUGAGACGGAAUAUCACGGCACAUGCAGCGAUUGCUUCCGACUAUCACCUUGUCGAUUUGGCUUAUACUCUCAAUCAGCAUCGCUCUCGGUUUAACUUUCGCGGAUUUACUGUUAUUGAGCCUGGGAAAGUAACAAAAAACUUCAAUGUCGACAAGUUCUCCUACGGAAGGAAGCUCGCCAAACCUGCCUCUGUAGGAUUCAUCUUCACCGGCCAGGGUGCUCAGUGGGCACGCAUGGGAUACGAUGCCAUGCAAAUGUUUCCUAGCUUUGAAGAGACCAUUAAAGCUAUUGAUUCUAUUCUGCAACGCAUUGAACCACGGCCGUCUUGGACAUUGAGAGACGUGCUGGAAGCACCUGUUGAGACCAGCGCCAUCGACUCUGCAGAGAUCUCUCAACCCGUGUGCACUGCUAUUCAGAUCGCUAUUGUUGAUCUCUUUUCUUCAUGGGGAAUUGAGGCCAAGGUCUCUGUUGGCCACAGCAGUGGUGAGAUCGCGGCUGCCUAUGCCUCCGGUCGCGUUUCAGCCCCCGAGGCCAUGUUGGCCGCAUACUUUCGCGGCUAUGCAGUUGCUAAUGCAGCUCCCGUUGGCACUAUGCUGGCAGUUGGGCUUGGAGCCACUGAUGUUGAAGAUUACUUGAACUUCCUGCCUCCGGAGAUCAGCGACAGGGUUGCAAUUGCAUGCGAGAACUCUCCUGCAAGCAUCACCAUGAGCGGAAGCGGAGAGGACAUCGCCUCGCUGAAGACGAUCCUAGAUGAAUUUAGCGUCUUCAAUCGGGAGUUAAAAACUGGCAAGGCGUACCAUUCACGCCAGAUGAGUUCUGUUGCGCCACUGUACACUGAGCUCUACUCCAAGGCCUAUUGCAGUUUGCGCAGCACUGAGCUCAGUUGGCGUCGCGCCAAAUCGGGCAUGAUUUCUUCUUUGACUGGCUCCAACCUUGUCGAGUCGCAAAUUUCUAUCGCCUAUUGGUGUGAUAACUUGCGCAACCGAGUUCUGUUCAGCACGGCCCUGGCUGAGGUCGGCGCACUGCCUGAGUUCUCUGACGUCAACAUCUGGGUUGAGAUUGGACCUCAUCCAGCUCUUAGUGGGCCAACGAAGCAGAUUAUCCAGGCUAAAGGAUACGACAUGCACCAUGUCUCCUCCCUGAAGCGUGGCACUAAUAGUGCUAUGUCUCUUGUGAAGACAGUCGGUGAACUUUAUCUUCUCGGACUUGACAUUGACUUUGGUCUCGUCAACAGCUUCAGGCCGUUGCCUUCGGCGUCUAUAAAGAAGGAACGCGAUUCGCCGCGCUACCUGCCUGAUCUUCCGCAUUAUCAGUGGAAUUAUGAGCGCAGAUACUGGUACCAGCCCAGGAUUAUAAAGGAGCUCAGAGAAUCUAAGUUUGCCCGCCACGACGUCCUCGGCCGCCGCAUCUUUGGACUGUCUCAGAGCUCUUCAACUUGGAGAAACAUUCUGCGCCAACGCGAUGUGGCAUGGUUUGCUGAUCAUUUGCUAGGCAGUGAUGUUAUUUUCCCCGCUGCCGGUCACAUCUCUCUCGCGAUUGAAGCACUCUUGCAACAGCUUGACAUGAAGCCUCUUGACGCAUCUUCUAUUCGACUUCGAGACAUCAACAUCGGGAAGGCACUCGUCAUCCCUGAUGAUGACGAUGGCAUUGAGAUACACACUCGUCUUGAAAAGCUCGAGAACAGAGAUUCCUGGCACAAGUUUACCAUUGAGUCGAUUGAUGGAGAGACGUGGACUCAGCACUCAACAGGAAAGAUAAAGCUUGAUCCUACAGCUGCAACUGAAGAGGUAUCAAAAUCACCAUACAAGAUGCAUCAGUUACAUCAAAAUGUUUCGGGCAAGCGCUGGUACCGUUCUCUCCGCCGUGUCGGGUUCAAGUACGGACCUAACUUCCAAACGAUGACCAAUGUUCGAGCAAACGGCAAAGAUCGCGUUGCUUCGUCUGGAAUUCGCGUGCAAACUUCAUGUCCAUCCAUGGAGAGUGAGUCACGCUAUUAUUUGCACCCUUCGACAAUUGAUGGCUGUCUGCAUGUGGUCAUUGCGGCGAUUCAUCGUGGUCUGCACAAGGAACUGCCAUGGGGUGCAAUUCCAGUCAAGUUCGACGAGCUGUCCAUUCGGUUCCCAACAAACAAAGAUACAAUCGAAGAUGCCCACUGUACCGCGUGGGUCAACCGAGCAGCGGAUCGCAACUUUUCUGGUGAUCUGCAGCUCUUUGGUGCUUCCGGAUACUGCCUUCUCAACAUUGUGAACUGGCAGUUCAUUGCGUAUGAAGCUGCAGUUCCUCCCCAAUUGAGCCAAGUUUCUCCCAGAAAGGCGUAUCGUCAAGUUGCAUGGGAGCUUCUUGAGUCUACCAGUUUCUUCUCUGAAAGUCAGGUGGAGGGUAAACUCCAUGCAACAGUGUUCCAUUUGAGCCACACGUCGGCUCUCGCUGACUCUCUCGGGGCUACGGCCAUUUCUCUACAAGAUGUUGACGCAGAGACGCUUGAUAUCUUGUCUGCGGAUAGUAUAACGACUUUUGGAGAUGCCGAAAAUACGCUGGCCAAUAUCGUUAUUGACGAUACAAACGGGACUGCACUGACAACUGCGUUGACCAAAAGUUCAUGGGAUACGAUCAAGAUUAUCCUCCUAUCCAACAGGCCCGUUGUUUGGGUUACUCGUGGCGCCAACUCUGGUUUUUCGGCCAUUAGCGGCACUCCUCAAGGAUUUCUUAGAACCGUACGUUCCGAGGCCGCCACGUCCAAGAUUAGCCUCAUCGAUGCCGAUCACGGUGUUUCAACGCAGCAAGUUGCGACCUCGGUACUGCAACAGCUCUCUGUCGUUGCAAACGCCGCUGGAGAAGGUACUACUGAUAUGGAGCUCUGGUUGAAGGAGGAUUCUCAAAUCUGGGUCUCUCGUCUUGCCUCCAAUAGUCCCAUGAAUGAGAAGCUUUUUGGCAACGGUCAAACAACGAAAAGUCUGCUGUCCGCAGCAGUAUCUUACAAGGCCGUUAUUGGGGAAGACGAGGUACAUUUCACGCAGCUUGCCACCGAGCCUACCUCUGAGCUAGACCCAUCGUACGUGGAAAUACAGGUCCUCUUUGCUGAUAUGAGUGAUGAUAUUCUGUCAUCUCGGGCGGACAGCCGACCCAAGAUCUUCACUGGGCGCAUCAUACGUAGUGGCAACGCCCUUGAUGCGAGUCUAUGUGGCCGCGUCGUGGCGGCUUUUACUCUGGAUAAGCUUCAAACGAUUGUCGUUACUGACAUCUUUGCAUUGCUCCCCGAUACUCACUCGCCUGACACAACUGCAGCAGUUCUGUCGCAGCUUGUCAAAGCCGUGGACGCGGUAAUCGUCAAGGCGAAGGCCGUCAAGAACGAUCACGUUGUUGUAAUGUCUGACACUCCGUCACUAUUUGAGCAGUCCAUUGUCAAUAUCAGCAAGCACGCUGGCUUUAGCGUCACAAUACUGUCGAACGAGGCUGCCGUGAACGCCGAACAGUUGCUUCCGAAGGCCAGUGGACGCACCAUAGUGGUUGCAGCGAAACCGUCGCUCUUGAUUCCGGAGAUAUGGUACAAAAUGCCCAAAGACUCUGAGUUUGUUCUAAGCGGUGUCGCUUUGGAUGACCAUACUCUUGAAAUGCGACCAUUCACCCGGGGAGUGAAGCUUCAUGUCUCAGACGUUAGCGAGGACUUCAACAGUAACUCAGCCAAGCUGAAGCGCACGCUUGAGAUGAGCAUCCAAUAUCUCCCUGCCAUGGUUUCAUCUAAAGUGGUUACUUUCAGCGCAUCUAGCCUUACUGAUUUAGGAGAGACCCGGCGAGUCUUGAAGCAGAGUCCAGCCAGCGUGAUGGGUUUCAAGUACGAAGAAGACCUUGUCGAUGUCUCGCAAUCUCAUCAGUCUGUUGUCUUCAGUGACGAAGGCGCAUAUCUGUUGGUCGGCUGCCUUGGCGGCCUGGGCCGUAGCUUGACGACAUGGAUGUUCGACAGAGGCUGCAAAAACUUCGUUUUUCUUUCUCGAUCUGGAACAGCCACGUCCGAAGCCGCAGAGCUUGUACGUAAUCUCAAGCUCCGGGGGGCGAACGUUGACGUUUUCGCCGUCGACGCAAGUGACAAAAAGGCCGUUGGCGACAUCGUCGCGGAAGUGUCUGCUCGUCGUCCUGUCAAGGGUGUUGUACACGCAGCCAUGGUUCUACAGGAUGCCUUAUACUACCGUAUGACUUUUGCUGAGUUCCAGGCAGCCAUGCGACCCAAGAUGCUCGCUGCUAUUGCCCUGGAUGAGGCGCUAGCUGACACGGCGCUGGACUUCUUCAUCAUGACAAGCAGCAUUUCGGGUGUCAUCGGUAACCAAGGACAAGCGAAUUACGCUGCCGCCAACAGCUACAUGGACUUUUUGGCGCUGCAAAGGAGGCGCAGAGGACUUGCAGCCUGUUCCUUAGCCUUACCGCUGGUAGAAGAUGUUGGUGUCGUCGCUGAGAACACUGAGAUUGCUGACGCCCUAGCGCGAAAAAUGCCUUUCGGCGUCAGUGAGCGAGAGAUGAUUCUUGGCUUUGAAGCGUCCAUCUAUCACGGUACACCUUUCUCAAAGGAUGUACACAUUGGAGAUGUGCAGCUUGUCCUUGGCCUGGAGCCAAACGCCAUGCUCGCUGCCAUGGAAGAUUUGAGUAUUUCCCAAUCUUUCUGGUACAAUGACGCUCGCAUGCAUCCCAUUCGCCAGGAACUGGAAGAGCUGGCUAAGGCAGCCUGCACUGCUGGUGAUGCUGGUGCAAAUGGCGAUUUUAUCUCUGCUCUUGCUGGCUUGAGCAGAGACGAAGCCCUGGUAGUAAUUGGCACGCAUAUCAUGGAGCGAGCCGCGCGUAUUCUUGGAGCAAGGUUUGAAGAUUUCAAGUACAAAGACGCCUCGGUCGCAAGUCAUGGCAUUGACUCCAUGAUCGGCGUGGAGUUGCAGACUUGGCUGUUCAAGGAGUUUGGCUUGCAGGUUAACCCUAUGCAAAUAUAG